AGUCGACUGGACAUAUUCCUUCGGUCAGAUUUAUAGUAUAGUGUCGCUAGACUGUCGUUUUCUACCAACUUUUAAGGAUUUUUAUGCACCCAAUCUGUUAAUUUAACGUUGUAAAAAUGUUUUCUGGCGAAGGUUGCUCCGUCAGAAAAAGACCGAAACAACAAGACGAUUGCUGGUCUUAUGUGAUCUGUUUCUGUGCCACAUUAUCUCAAGCGUUGAUCAUGGGUAUUGCUUUAGGGACGUUCGGAGUUCUCCUACGAGUUAUAAUGCAACAAUUCAAUUCAGGAAGAGGACAAACAGGCGAGUAAAAAUGUCAGUCAUUUUUCUGCAACGCUGUGGCUAAAUGACCGGCAGCCGGGAAGGGUCUUGAGAACUAAGUGCGCGGCAGUCAGUAUUUUUUUAGAUUUUCAUCAAAAUCCCUUUUCCUGAAUCGUUUGAAGGUAUUCUAGCGUCAUUUAGAAUUACCAAGCGAUCAAGAAAACAGGAAUUGCGUCGCAGUUUAGCGGUUUUGGUUUCUUGGGCAUAUAGUGGAGUCGACGUUGUUUCGACACUUAGAAAAUUUCGUGAGUAGCAGCGCGUGACUCACGGGCAGGUUUUCACACAAACACUGAAUACCCGGCUGUCCGAAAGCCGGCUGGAAAGUUAGAAAGCCUCUUAUUAAUAAGCCAAAGGAUUAGUUUCAGUUAGUUUCCCAAAGCAACAACGAAAACACAGUGCUUUCAUUUUGACUGCUGGGCAUUUACCUUUUUAAGACCCUUCCCGGUUGCCGGGCAUAAUAAUAGCCACAUCGUUUCUGCAAAUGAUCGAAUAGAGCAGUAACAUUCGGUGAUAUUGGUGGGAGGUCAGUUUGUACCGCAGUGCUCCCAUUUGCCUUGUAUUUUUCGGGGUAUUUUUACACGAAUCCCUUAUAAUCUGUUUCUAUAACCGUUUGUAAUUUUGUAGACUUUCAAAAAAUGUCCUUCGUCUAAUUUAAUAUGGCGCAGGGACGAAGGUCAACCUUUCGCGACGCUGCCGAUCACUUUAGAGCUUAGCGACCUACAAAGUCCGCUUGCUUGCUUGGGGUCGACUUGUGGCAAGUCCUUUUAUAGUAAAUGUAAUCGAUUUACUUCCUGCUUUACGUGUGGUAGUACAACACGUAUGUCGCAUUAAUGUUGCAUUUUUCAAAGGCAAUUUGCCCACCCCCCCCACCGGAUUUGCCCUUUGUCCUUCUCGGAUUCGUAAAUUAUUCACACAUGUGCAAGUGAAUAAGACUUAGAAUUAGCCUGGAAGCCGUAUUAAGAGAUAGACCAUUAAAAAAAUUUAUGGAGGGGGAUCUUCGAAGUUUGGCCAAGAUUUCCUACGUUUCGCAGGCGACGUUUGAGAAGUAGAAUCUAACUUUUUAGAUAAGGGACGGACUAUUAGAGCUGUCACAGGGUCGUGGCGGGUUGGGGAAAGCGAAGUUAUUAAAACUAUUCGCAUAGUGAAAAGGCUAGAAACAAAUGCUGCGUUGACUCAUGCAAACUGAAAACCUUCCACCCACUGCUCCCCCUUCCCAUAUAAUUGUUCUAACGAUUCAUCCCUGUUGGUUACUAUCACUACAUGUCACCUAAAAGCCUAUUUUAUCUUACUGUUUUUUUGCCCACUCCUCAGCCUGGAUUGGAGCACUAGCAGUGGGUUUGUCCUACUUUGCCGCACCUGCAGUGGGAGGCAUGUCAGAUUGCUUUGGUUGUCGUGUUAUGACCAUAUGUGGAAGUCUCUUAUGCGCAAUAAGUUUGUUUGCAACCUCAUUUGCCAAGUCAAUCAGUCACGUGUUCUUGUCGUACGGCUUACUCUUCGGUCUUGGCGCGGCCUGCGUACGAACCUGCACUUUUCUCGUCGCAGCAAAACAUUUUAAUAGGCGACGUUCUAUGGCAACGGGCCUGGUAUCGUCUGGUACGGGCCUAGGGAUUUUCGUUUUUGGACCCAUUGCUCAAGAGCUAUUAGGAGUUUUGGGUUUACAGAAUACGUACCUUGUUUUAGCCGGUUUUGCACUGUUUGUUUGCGUCUUGGCCGUCUCAUUCUCUUCUACAACUGAGGAUACUGAAGAAAAAUGUGAUAAACACAUGCAAAAGGAUCAAGAGGCGUAUAGUGAGAAAAAACUUAAAACAGGUUUUCAACGAUGGAAAAUUUUUGACUGUUCACCUUGGAGGACGCCCACAUUUGCGGUUGUGACAAUAGGUUAUGCUGCUAUCGCCCUCGGAGAUUAUGUGCCUCUAAUACAUUUGGUA